AUGGACGACAACGCGCCGUCGAGAGCCACAGCGACGGUCGGCACGCAAGUAACAGCCAAUCUAGCUCUCCAGAUAGCUCACAACUUGCGCUUCGCACACGACUGGACGGAGCUCCGCAUACACUACGAAGGGUUCUCUGGAAGUGGCUCCCUUCCGCGUCCAGUCAUUUCUGGCUUGCCACCAAAGCGACUGUAUGUGCAUCCAGACGAGCAGAUUGAGCUGUUGGAGAAGCAACGUAAGCAAGGCAGUACGAAGCCUUUAGAACUUGCUCCGGAAAGGGAGUGGGUGCUGCCCAGUCAACUCCACGAGCAGUGGACGCUUGGGCGUUUCGCCGAAGUCUUCGAUGCCCUCGAUGCUAUCCCAUCAGUCACAUCUGACGACCGAGCGACUGGCCAUGUGACGAGUCACUGGCGAACAGAGCAACCGAAGAGGCUACUGCUAGCUACGAUCGAUACCGACAGCACCGUAGUCUAUUAUGUUCUGCAUAAUGGAAUCGUGAAACCCCGGCAGAACUGA